AUCCUCCUCCUCCUCGGUGUCGCUCCCGGGUUCAGAUGCUCCGGCUCGGCGGCAGGAUGCGCGGCUUCUCGGCGUUGCUCUCGGUGCUUCUCGCCGGACUUGCGGCUGCGGCCUCGGAUCUCUUUGACAACCAACUGGGCGAUAUCAAUUACUGCAAAAAGCAAUGCCAGCUCACCAUCAAAACAAAAGCCCUGCUAAAGACUCCAUAAUGAACGCCUGUCACCGUGGCUGUCGCCUCUACUCCAUCUGCCAGUUCGUCAAUGGCAAUGCAGGCUUCAAUACCAGCAGGGAGGAGUGUCAGGGAGCUUGCCAGGAGGCAUAUAUUAAGCUGCUGGAGCAGGAGGCCUGCAGCACCGGCUGCGCCAGCCAACCCUCUGAACCUGAGAUCAAGAGGAGGAAGCUCAAGGCCAUGACUCUUCGCCCUAAACCCCCCUCUGUGAUGGAGGCAGUAUCCAGCUGGUGCAACGACAUUGUCAGCUCUGCCCAAAGCUUCAUCUCCUCCACCUGGACCUUCUACCUGCAGGCGGACGAUGGCAAAGUGGUUGUUUUCCAGAGCCAGCCAGAGAUGGAGUACUCUCUGCCUGAGUUACAGGCUCCUCGAUCUAAUGUCGCGGAUAAACCCUGGCCUCAGGUGCACUCUCAUACCCAGAGACCCCACGGUGUGAGAGGACAUGGAGAGAAGGGAGCCUCGAAAACAGGAGGAAAAGGAAAGCACCCUGUCCAGCAUGCAGACGACCCCACCGCUGAGCACGACUUCCUGGGAUGCAUGUCAAGACGAUCCGGUCUCCCACGGUGGAUUUUAGCGGCCUGUCUCUUCUUGUCUAUCAUGGUCAUGCUAUGGCUUAGCUGUGCCAGUCUGGUCACCGCACCAGAGCAACAUGUCAAGACACAGCUGAGCAUCAAUGGAGACAAAGAGUUUCUGGAUAACACCCAUAAAGUCAACCCAUACCACCUGAGCCCCGUGAUCGCCGUCACUGUGAAACAAUCAGAGGAGAGUCAGGAGGCGGGGCCACUGCCGGUCAAAGUCGACCUUAACAAAACAUGUGUUUAGACAGGACCUAUAUAUGUAGAGAUGUUAUGUUCUCAAAGGUAAUCAUGUAAAAACCUAAAGGCUAGAAGGAGGAAGGGGUGACACGAACACAUCAUGCGACUCAGUCCGUCACCAGAAUUUUUAAAAACAUAUUUUAAGAUCAUCACAUCUCCUGCCGUUUAUCUCAUUGAAAUGUCUUAUUUUGCUCGGUGGGCUUUUCAUUUAGCUACCCAUCAUGCGUGACAUUUUCUUGUACAGUCCUGACUCCUUGAAAUGAUCAGCCUUCUCUUUGCUUCAUUCAGAUUAUUCAAUACAUGAAAUGAAAAAGCCCUUUUGUCUCAAAAACGGUGAAUUACAGUCGAGAGCUUUCAGAUCAUUUUUUACGACUGGUGUAAACAAAAGAAGACAAAAGCUAAAAUUCAUUGUAGAUUUUAUUUUCCUUGUUCUCACAGAGAUUUGAUUAAUUAAUGGCAUUCUGAGAGAAAAUCAACUGGUAAAAAAACGAAAAAAAAAACAAAGGAGAGGGGAGAAAGACAAAUAAGAGAACAAGAGCUCUCUUAUGAGCUGCAUGAAACAAAUACUGGAACUCAUGGUUUAUGAAAUGUUUACAUAAUCAGCAUUGUGAGCUGUUUUAUAAUAUAGCAUUGUAUUGUCUUCUAAAGAUUAAAAUGGUCUAGAAAUUCUCUUGCACCGUAAAUAUGUUGUCACUAAAUUUAGUUCAACAAAUGCACACACAGCUGCUGUGAAUUUCCAAACCCAUGUCUGGUUUUUCUGUGUAAGUUUUUUUGGAUGCAUCUGCAACAGCACAAAUGGCAGAAAGUGGUGGAAUUACAACUGGAUUCAGAACUGGAUGCUCUUAUCUGAGAAUGAGUAAACAUAAACAUGAAAUGCAUAUUUAUUUUCUUGUCUAUUUAUUCUGAAUCACUGAGUUGGCUGUUAAUAGUGUUAUUGAAGUGCCAUGUACAGUUAAUUCAUUAGAUAAAAUGUAACCGAUUGGUCUGUAUAUUAUAAAACAGACUCUGAAGAAAGAGAGAAAGGAGAUUGCACCUAUUACUGUAAUAUUAUUAUCAUAUUAUUGCUCUUAUAUCACUUAAAGGGUUCUUAGUUGUUAAAUGUGCCAUGUGCUUUCUAAUAGCUGACCAUUUUGUAUGUCCUAGGGGCACAUACUGAAGGAUAACCUCUGUAACAAUGUGUAAUGCAAAGCUUUUAACAUAGACCUUUGCUAUUGAACAGAGUUGCACAGUCUUAGAAAAGAUUUUCCUCUCAGUGCUUUUGAUGUCCUGUAAUGCUCCCUUUUAAUCCAGGCUGUGUAGACAAUAAACUGUGCAUGCGAGUGACGCUUCGAUAGUUCAUCUUAACCGCCAAAAUGCCAGUAUGGCACGACUCUGCUGUAGACUUGUGAUUUUUUUGUGUUAAUAUUUACUGUAAACAUAUAAUAGAGUGUGUAAUAUUGAAUGACAAUAUCGACACAUGAUUAACAGAAAGGACUCUUAAUUAAAAAGCCAUUCUAUAAUAUCUGCACCGGAUCAAAAAGGUACGGUAUAUCAUGAGGAAUAGGAUAUGAAUUUCAAUCUGUAUUGUUUUCUUUUUACUGGUCUGUUUCCUUUCAAUGAAAUGAUGCUUACAACAUGACCAAUAAAGUGUUUUCAUUGUAA